AAGUAACUACAUUGAAUUGACCUUUUCACGAUGUUGUGUAUGAAUCUUUAUCUCUCCAGGGCUGCUGCUUUAUAAACCACAGUUCUCAGCUCAGCUAACUUAGACAUUGCUUCUUUCAACUUCUUUUCAGUCUGCUUUGGACAGCUAUUGACUACAGCUAUGCUGCCUGAUUCAACUUCAGCUCUUCUUCUACUAAUCGUCCUCCUUGUUCACCCCUCUCUUCCGACCUGUCGGAUCGGGACCCAAAGCGAGUGUGAUGCUGCUCCUUUUGUACCAGGCCACAACCUGGUGGGGGAAGGUUUUGAUAUAGUCACACUGCAAAGAAAAGGAGCUCAUGUGAUUGAUGUGAAGACUUACCUGAGCCCCAGCAAAACCUGUAAACUCUGCACCAACCCUAUUCAAAAUGAUGCCUACCAAAAACGUCCAUAUUCUCUUGCUUCCUGGGGUGCCAGUCCAUGCAAUCCUGACAUCAUCAGCAGUUAUCACACCACUGUUAGCUCUCUGAUUAAGGCUUACACAUCCCAAGACACCAAUGAUUGGACGUUUGGCUUGGAAAUUGAAAAGGUUUUGUUUGACAACUUCGAUGUGGGAGGAACCGGCUCCAACGCCUACAAGUUCGCUUCACAACAGAGCAAAGAGGACCGCUACACUUUCAGCACACACAGUGUCACCUGCAACCAUUAUGAAUUUAUAUUAUCACCCACACCUCCCUUAAGCGUAGAGUUCAAAAGGCAGUUAGACAUCCUGCCAAGUCGCUAUGACUCCUCUACUAAGAAUGAGUAUAGAGAUCUCAUAAACACCUAUGGCACACACUACUUCAGACUGGUUGAACUUGGAGGGCGACUGAGACGACUGAUAUCUUCACGAAGCUGUUUGUCUUCCCUGGAUGGAUUAACCUCAAGUGAGAUCCACUCCUGUUUAUCUAUGGGUGUUGCUGUUGGCUUGGGGAAGUUGGAAAUCUCUAGUGUCCAGAAAUCUUGCAUUAGUGUCCUACAAAGCCAGGACUCUGCCACUAACUUCAGCUCUGGUCUUCACCAACACCACUCAGAGGUGUUAGGAGGAGAUGGUUGGUUGGGGGAGUUUUCAAUUUCCAAAAGUGAUUCCACAGCCUACAUGAACUGGCUAAAGAGCCUGAUAGAACAUCCAGAUGUUGUUUCGUUCUCCCUACGACCUCUCUAUCAGCUCGUGCCAAGCAAACUUCAACAGGCAGGGAUGAAAACUGCUAUUGAGGAGUAUUUGAAGGACAAUGCUGUGAAGAAAUCACUCCAAGAGCCAGACUGUGAGGGUUCUAUUCAGUCGUCAAAAACAGUAUAGAGUGGUGAGAUCUUUCCAGGUAAAUGCAGACAACAGAUCAUAAAGUCCUGAGAGACAUAAGUAAUCUUGCAUUUUGAUUUACUGAUUGAUAAUAAAAUAUGUAUUCUUGUAUUUUGAUUUAUCAAUGAUUAUUAAAAUAAGGAUUUUUGUAUUUUGAUUUACUGAUGAUUAUACAAAGAGUUGAUGUAAUGAAAAGCAGAUCAAGAAAUGAAUAAAUGGUGAAUAGAAUUAAAAACUCAGAUGAUUAUCAAAAGAAGUUAUGUUUGAAUAAUUAAAUCAGAAAGAUGAUUAUGUUAAUGAUUUAUGGUGAUCACACAGCAUACACAGAAUUGUAACUGAAGCAGUCAUAAAUUGUGUGAAGCAUAGUGACAUGUUGUUCUCAGACUGUGUUAUAAUUAGAGCAGGAGUCAGGGCCAGAGCUGAGCAGGAAAGCAGGGGAGCUCCAAAGAGGAACUGGAAUGUUUUCUUCGAAACUAGAUUAGAGAAGUGAAUCCAGAUGGUCAAUGGACAAACAACAAAAGGAGAAGUGAGCAAGACGUUGACUGCUGUGGGAAGAUUUGGUACUUUUCCACGAAGCCAUCAAAUGUUUGAGAAGUCAUGUAAACCAUCACGCCAUACACAACUAUGGAAUGAGAGAGUAUAAAAACCCAUGAAAAGAGGAACAAAGUGUUCUUAGUUCUCGGUGCUGAAGUCAAGCUAACAAGAAGAUGCAGACAGAAGACCAGCAGAGGACCACACCCUGGAACCAUGGAGAAGUGAAGACUUUGCACUGCUAGGAGGGGGACAAGACCCAUCGACCCUCAACCCUGGUUCCUGAUUCGAUCUCUGCUCUGCACUCAACCCAAGGAUCUCAAGGCUACUACAUCAGACUUGGUGGAAAGACAAAGGUCACUAAGUGAUGAAGAUCUGAGUGUUCGGAAGACAACAACCAGCUCUACUUUGCUUCUAUUCAGAAGAGGAUUUUGCCAUUUGAGGACAAAGACUCUAACCAAGGACAUUGAAGUUUUCUGUUGCUAAGGUCAUCCAUCAUCUGGGUAUGAGUUGAACUGCACCCCAAAGCCACGCUCAGUAAAUUAGUGACACAGUUUAGGGAAAGAAGUUAGGAAAGGAUGAAGGUGGUUUAUAAUAAUUUACAUUUUUAUUGUUAAGUUGUAAUCAUUGAUAAUUAACCUGUCUGUCACUUACCCUUGCUAAAAGCUUGCUUAAUAAAGAUGCAUUAAAUUUCUAAAAAGA